AGUUGCUUAUACAACUCCUCUCCUCUAAAAUCAUCUCUAGUAAAGCUCUGAAUUCCCAAAAAUGGCCAAAAAUAUUGGCAUUCUUGUCUGCGUUUUGAUCAUGAUCUUGGACAUUGUCGCCGGGAUACUUGGCAUUGAGGCCGAAGUCUCUCAAAACAAGGUGAAACAUAUGAAGGCGUGGAUUUUUGAGUGUAGAGAACCAAGCUAUAAGGCUUACAAGCUAGGAGUGGCUGCAGCUGUACUUCUAGCCCUUGCUCAUACUAUUGCUAACGUCCUUGGUGGGUGCAUUUGCGUUUGGUCCAAGGAUGCUUACACAAAAGCCUCGGCCAACAAGCAAUUAGCCAUUGCUUCCCUCAUUUUCUCUUGGAUCAUAUUAGCCGUUGGAUUCUCGAUGCUUGUCCUAGGGACAAUGGCAAACUCGAGAUCAAGAAAAUCCUGCGCGAUAGCACACCGCCGCCUUCUGUCUAUAGGAGGGAUUCUAUGCUUUCUUCAUGGAAUGAUUACAGUCGCCUAUUAUGUGUCCGCCACUGCUACAACCAGAGAGAAAGAAAAAUAUAGAAACCAUCCUACAGGAAAUCUAACCCCUGCUUGAAAUUCUUAUGUCCGUUCUCAUUACACCACAUGAUUCCCCUAUGAUGUAAUUCAUUGUGGAAGAAACUGUGAUAGAUAUGUCGUGUUUGUAUAUAUCAAUUUUUAAAAAAAUAUAUAAACAAUAAUUUAGAUCAUAUAA